AUGAUGAUACUGAAGGUGUUACCGGAUAUGUCGAUUUCGAGUGCUUCACAAUGGUAUCUGGUUUUUCGCAAUCCUCCACAAGACGGCGAUUGCGGCGGGCAAAAGGCGGCAAUCGGAGUUGCUGUACAAUUCAGUGCUUUCAGUUUGUUAAGAAGGAUAGACACUCAGAUGGAGGACUGGGAAGAUGAGCCUAUUCCUGAUCUUCUCAAGAAAAAAGAGCCUUUGAAGGCCAAUUGGGAUGAUGAAGAUAUCGACGAUGUAAAGGAAUCUUGGGAAGAUGAAGAUGAGCCCGCUACGGCACCAAAGGUUGAGUCAGCACCAUCUGAAAAGGCCCCUAAGAAGGCUGCUGCCAAAUCAGGUGACAAGAAAAUGAAAGCUACAGAGGCUGUAAAAGAUUCUCCAAAGGAGGAACCAUUAGAUCCUGUACAAGAAAAACUCCGUCAACAGAGGCUUGUUGAGGAAGCUGAUUAUAAAGCUACUGCUGAAUUGUUUUCCAAGAAGGGUGAUGAUAAGACACUUGACAAUUUUAUUCCAAAAUCUGAAAGCGAUUUUGCAGAAUAUGCAGAACUUAUUUCCCAUAAACUUCGUCCGUAUGAGAAAAGUUAUCACUAUAUUGGAUUGCUUAAGGCUGUGAUGAGAUUGUCCAUGACUUCUUUGAAAGGCUCGGAUGCCAAAGAAGUUGCAUCUUCCAUUACUGCAAUUGCAAAUGAAAAGAUAAAAGCCGAAAAAGAAGCUAAUGCCAGCAAAAAGAAGACGGGCGGGAAGAAAAAACAGCUGCAUGUUGGAAAGCCGGACGAUGAUGUGGUGGUUGAUACAUACGAUGAUUACGACGACUAUGAUUUCAUGUGA